AUGCUUGCAAGGGGAAAGGUCAACAAAAGGAAGAAAUUUCUUGCAAUUCUACAAAAUGAUAGGAUCAAAGCGAAACUUACUGGACGGCAAAUGGAUAGUCUGCGGGCAUAUUAUGAAAGAAAGUACUUAAAGAGAGACAAUGCCGCUAAGAAUUGCUGGUUGAAUGCAUUGAAAUCAUCAGGAGUGAAAUUCCAACUCAGCUGCACCGACGACGGCAAGUUUUCCCCCAAACAGUGUACCAAUAAUAGGUGUUGGUGCGUCAAUGACUUAGGUAAACGGAUUCGGAGUGGUGGUGAUGAUGGAUUUUACAAUGGCCGAAAAGAGGGCCUAGCACUCAAGUGUCCAAAAAAAGGAACUUAGUGAAUC